CAUACCAAUUAAAACUUCAGCAUAUACUACAGUUCUUGAUAAACUGUAACUCUGUAUGAGCUAUGAGAAAUUAGCUUUUCAACUACGUAGUUGUAAAAAUGGGGUCUUGGUUAACCAAUUAUUUGAUUCUGGUUUUAAUGGUUGAAUAUGUUGUCUCAAAGAUGGCGUCAUUACAUCCUGUUUUAGUAGCUCGUUCGUCGCUGGACUGGAUGCCAAGUAGAGUGAAUUCUCUCUAUUCUGAUGUAGGAGCUUGGAGUGGCAAAUUUAGACCUGUAAUGGAUGAAAUUGAAUCUGAUGAGGCAUUAAGAUUUUAUCAAUUUCUAAAUUAUUUAGACGGUGGAAGUUUUGGUACAGGUCCUAUUGACGAAUUUGUCGAGGCUAUGAAUAGAUUAUCUAAUUAUAUGAAACAACAAAAUAGUAGAGAAACCCAAGCAAGAGGAUUGCGAGAGCUCGAAGCAAUAAAUGGAGAAAAAGGAAAUAGUAUCAAGACAGUUUUGGAAGUUAGUACAGUAAUUAUGAGAAAAAAGAGAAAAUUCUUUUGCACCGGUGAAGUCAAAGAACCUAUUGUAAAUAACAAAAUAAUAUGUAAGGAUAGAAUAUUGUUGCCCAUCGCUGGUACUUCUUGCCGUGAUGCGAUCAUGUAUUGGCAUCCCGAUCUUACAGAAGAACAUUAUUGUGUGGGGGCUUUGGAAUCAAAAAGCCCAGUUCAUAUUAUGGAUAUCGAAGGUGAAAUGUUCUGCAAAGGAGACGAUUAUUCUAAGCGAGAAUAUCUUCUAGCGUGUGAGUUUUAUGAAGAUCAAGAAGCACCAGUUGCUGAUUUGCUUCAAUAUUAUCCAGAUCCGGACCCAGAAAUUAGUCCAAAAUUAUUUUAAAUAUAUUAUAAUAAAGAAUUAACAAAAAAAUUUA